CCCCGCCGCCCGCCCCGGCCCGGAACAUGGCUGCGCGCCCCGCCGCCACCCUCGCCUGGUCGCUGCUGCUCCUCUCCUCGGCCCUGCUCCGCGGCGGCUGCCGGGCGCGCUUCGCCGCCGAGCCGGACUUGGAGGACGACGAAGAGGAGGCGGUGGCUUUUCCCGAGUCGCCCUUGCAGAGAGCCACGGUGCUGGUGGCCGUCCUCGCCCGCAACGCUGCGCACACGCUGCCUCACUUCCUCGGCUGCCUGGAGCGGCUGGACUACCCCAAGAGCAGGAUGGCCAUCUGGGCAGCCACUGAUCACAAUGUGGAUAAUACGACUGAAAUACUCAGGGAGUGGUUAAAAAAUGUACAGAGACUCUAUCACUAUGUGGAGUGGAGGCCUAUGGAUGAACCAGAGUCUCAUCCUGAUGAAAUUGGACCAAAGCAUUGGCCAAGCUCCCGGUUUGCCCAUGUGAUGAAAUUACGACAGGCAGCCCUUUGAACUGCGAGGGAAAGAUGGUCAGACUACAUCCUGUUCAUAGAUGUCGACAAUUUCCUGACUAAUCCACAGACCCUCAGUCUAAUGAUUGCAGAAAACAAAACCAUUGUGGCCCCCAUGCUGGAGUCUCGGGGAUUGUAUGCUAAUUUCUGGUGCGGAAUCACACCUCAGGGCUUCUAUAAACGGACCCCAGACUACGUUCAGAUUAGAGAGUGGAAGCGGACGGGCUGCUUCCCUGUGCCCAUGGUCCACUCCACCUUCCUAAGCGACCUCAGGAAGGAGGCCUCUGACAAGCUGACCUUCCACCCCCCACACCAGGACUACACCUGGACCUUUGAUGACAUCAUCGUCUUUGCCUUCUCCAGCAGGCAAGCAGGCAUCCAGAUGUACCUCUGCAACAGAGACCACUAUGGCUACCUGCCCAUCCCCCUGAAGCCCCAUCAGACGCUGCAGGAAGACAUCGAGAACCUCAUCCACGUGCAGAUAGAAGCAAUGAUUGACUGUCCUCCAAUGGAACCCUCCCAGUUUGUCUCAGUUGUUCCUAAAUAUCCAGACAAGAUGGGAUUUGAUGAGAUUUUCAUGAUAAACCUCAAACGCAGAAAGGACAGGCGGGACCGGAUGCUGCGCACACUGUACGAGCAGGAGAUUGAGGUCAAGAUUGUUGAGGCUGUGGAUGGAAAAGCCAAGUACAAGGAGCAUUAUGAAUCCAGGGACUUGAAGGCCUUCUCUGCAGAACCCUUGCUCAUCUACCCCAUACACUACACAGGCCAGCCGGGGUAUCUGAGUGACAGAAACCUCGACCAUCUGGGACAAUGAGACAGUGGCCACCGACUGGGACAGGACACAUUCCUGGAAGUCCCAGAAGCAAGGUCACAUCCACAGCAAUGCCAAGAACACAGAGACACUGCCGCCACCAACCUCCCUGGACACUGUGCCUUCGAGGGAUGAGCUGUAAAGGCUUCCGGGAAGUGUGACCCACACUGGUUCAUCAUCCUUUGGUUUUUCUAAAGGGCUACUCAUCUGUUUGCUCCAGUUGUUUUUUCCCCCAGUGGUCACAGUCAUCUAACCAAAGUGGUCUGAUGUGAUUGAUCAAAAUUAAUAUAUUUUUGACAGUGGAGGGGAAUAGGGAAUUUAAACCCAAAUUUCCUAAGAUGGCUAAAAGAUAAGCUUUAUGGGACACCCAGUUCUUCAGUUUUCAUGUGAUACUGCCUCCCACAUCAAGCCACAUACGUGGCUCAGAGUCUUGUCCAGCAAAAGGUGAUCACCAAGCUGUCACAUUGGUAACUGGGGAGUCAAGACAGCCAAGCCAAUCGGCCCACAUUUAUUGGUCUUAGUUGGUCCAUUUUCUGUGACAGACAUGACCUUGAAAUAUUAUAUUAAUUGGGCUUUUUAUUUAAAGGAAUUCUGUCAUAAGCCUUAAUGCAAAGUGGAUUGUUUAAUAGGGGUGGGUAUUUGGGUCUGGCUGAGACCUGGCCCUUGACCAUCAUGGCAAUUGGAGAGCUCAUAAAGAAGUGUCCGGUUUGCCAGUGGACAUAAUUUGGUAGAUUUUUGAGGAUUUGUGUAGAUAUUUGAGGAAAAGAGAACUCAACUGUUGGCCUUUUCUUAUGGUGGCCACUGGAGUCAGGACGCUCUAUUUAUAAAGACAAACAUAAUAAUCGGGGUGGGUGCGGGCGUGUCUCUGCCCGGGUUGCUGCUUCAGCAUUCCACACUCUCUGCUGCGCCCCUUAGCCUGGGAACGACCCGCAGAUGUGAGUUUUAUGAGUCACUGAUAACAGACAGAGCACAUCUGCAAGCCAGCACCUGUCCUUGCCUGGGUUUUUCAUUAUAUUUUGAAUUAUUUAUUUUACAAAAUAUGGGGGAAAUAUUGCCUACAGGAUAAGGCAGAGAAACAGAGGUUGUGAGCUUUCGGUGCCCCCUGGGGAGGGGUCAGUGUGGACAUGUUGGUUCAACGAUCUGAUUCUCCUGAAUUUCCCAGCCCGACUCUUGCAGGGAGUCCUGUUGAUGGGCGAUUCUAACCAUUUGGAAAGAAAUGAUUCUCCAUCUAAGGUGAGAGACCUCGGUCAAAAACAACGGGCAAGUCAACCUGUUUAGGCCAAUAACCAG